CGGCCCUUCUAAUAGUCGAAUAAAUGUCAUAAGUCAGCUUCACGGCGAUUAUGAGUAUGACGCCUUCUUCAUGCGUGUGUGCACAGGCGUGGAUCAUCCGCUCUCGCAAUAUAUGUUGUGGCCCUCCCCGAUCAUCCGCAUUCAGGAUGAUUUUGCUCAUUUCACCACUCGUCUGGCCAAUUUUCUUCUCUGCCACGACGAUGAUACAGGGACAGACACAGACAGAC